UUUAAAUAUGAUGAAACUAAAGGACAGGGAAGUUCCAUAAUUUACAUGAGGUCAAAGCUAAUCAAUGAAAAAAAUCCAGGCUUACUCAAUAUCAUGGGAUUGAUACUUGUGUAUUUUUCAUUACUUUGAAAUAAUUAUGCUUUUUUUUUCUUUAGUGAAAGAAAUGAUGUCUUAAGAGAAGCUGAAAUUUUACACAAAGCUAGAUUUAGUUACAUUCUUCCAAUUUUGGGAAUUUGCAAUGAACCUGAAUUUUUGGGAAUAGUCACUGAAUACAUGCCAAAUGGAUCAUUAAAUGAGCUCCUGCAUAAGAAAACCCAGUACCCAGAUGUGGCCUGGCCCUUGCGGUUCCGCAUCCUGCAUGAAAUAGCACUGGGCGUGAACUACCUGCACAACAUGACCCCUCCCCUGCUCCAUCACGACCUGAAGACACAGAACAUCCUCCUGGAUAGUGAAUUCCACGUUAAGAUCGCAGAUUUUGGGUUGUCCAAAUGGCGCAUGAUGUCCCUGUCUCAGUCACGAAACAGCAAAUCUGCACCAGAAGGAGGCACAAUUAUCUACAUGCCACCCGAGAACUACGAGCCUGGGCAGAAGUCCAGGGCCAGCGUCAAGCACGACAUAUACAGCUAUGCAGUUAUCACAUGGGAAGUUUUAUCCAGAAAACAGCCUUUUGAGGAAGUGACCAAUCCUUUGCAGAUUAUGUAUAGUGUGUCACAAGGACACCGGCCCGACACUAGUGAAGAAAGUCUGCCCCUUGAUAUACCUCACCGAGCAGUGAUGCUCUCGCUCAUAGAAGGCGGGUGGGCGCAAAACCCCGAUGAAAGGCCGUCCUUCCUGAAAUGUUUAAUAGAACUUGAACCAGUUCUGAGAACAUUUGAAGAGAUAACUUUUCUUGAAGCUGUUAUGCAACUAAAGAAAACAAAGAGCGCCUCGAGUACUAGUCACUUCUGUGACAAGAAGGAAACGGCGUUAUCUCUGAACUUGGCUCUAAGCCAUGGUCCACAGGAGGAAUCAUGUGGAUCCUCUCAGCCCCAUAAAAGUAGCAGCUCCCCUGGAACCACAAGGUCCCUGUUGGCUCCUCAGGACAACGGCGUGUUAUUCAGGAAAACCCAGGACCUCACCACACUGCACUGCCAUCCAGCAAAUCACAGCUGGAACAGCAGCGUGUCCGCGGCUCAGAAGGCGACACUCUGUGACCACAGUACCACCCCGCACUCUGUAGCAAUCAUCAAUUCGCUGUCAGCCGAGGGACAUCCAGAGCGAUCGCAGCCUGGCGUGGCCCAGCAGUGGAUCCAGACCAGGAGGGAGGACAUCGUGACCCAGAUGACCGAAGCCUGCCUGAACCAGUCCCUGGACGCCCUUCUGUCCAGGGACCUGAUCAUGAAGGAGGACUAUGAACUCGUCAGCACCAAGCCCACAAGGACCGCCAAAGUCAGACAGUUACUAGACAUCACGGAUAUCCAGGGGGAAGAGUUCGCCAGAGUCCUGGUCCACAAGCUGAAAGACAACAAGCAGAUGGGCCUUCAGCCCUACCCGGAAAUGCUGACAGUUCCUCAGACGCUGUCUCUGUUUCAAAAUAAAAGCCUAUAGUGACCCUUUUCAAGAAGAAAAGUCAAGUUUAUUCAAAGGUAUUUUGUAUUUCUGGUGCCUGAUCAUACUGUUUCUAUAAAAUCCAUGUGAGCAUUAGAGGCUUUAAUAAAGGUUCUUUUUCAGAUAAAUAUUUUUGGGUUGUCGGAAAAGUCAUGACGUAUUUUUGCAACAAAAAACAUAGAAAAAAUACAUCAUGACUUUUCUGAGAACCUAAUAGUAUUCCUCUAUGACAUUACAGUAUUUUUUAAAUUAAUAUAGAAGAAAGUUUGCAUCUACAUAGUUCAAUUUUUAACUCUUUGGUUAAUUGAAACUGUUUUUUAAAAUGUAAUCAUUAUGUGCUGCUUGUACAAGCCAAUGCCUUUAGGAGUCAAGUUCCUCCUGGAAGCCAUUUUCACGGUCAUUGUCUUUGUGGAUUAUUUAUUAUUGUCUAAGAUGCAGUGUGGCUUCUGAAUUGUACCCUGUGUACUUAAAUCAGAUAUAGCACAGCAUUCCCACUACCUUGUUACAGUCCAGGCUCAUAUCCUCUCCCAAGGGUUGGUCAUUAAAUUCUGUUAUCCAGA